AUGAAGUUUUUCAAGUUACCCGUUCUGGCCCUGGCUGGGCUUUUUACCGCGGCGAGCUGUGCUCCCACGGGCCAGAAUACUACUGUUCCGGUCAAUGGCACUACUGAAGCGUCGACUGAUCGACUGGUCUUUUGCCAUUUCAUGAUCGGCAUUACUAGCAACCGACAGAGCGCUGCGGACUAUGAUGAUGACAUGAAACGUGCAAAGUCCCUGGGCAUCGAUGCCUUUGCGUUGAAUAUUGGGGUUGAUCCCUACACUGACACGCAGCUCAACUUUGCGUACGAAUCGGCCGCGCGCAAUGACAUGAAAGUCUUCAUCUCCUUCGACUUCAACUGGUACAAUACCGGACAGGCAUCUACUGUUGGACAAAAGAUUAGGCAUUACGGAAGCCUGCCGGCUCAACUUAAGGUCGAUGGCAAGGUCUUCGCAUCCUCAUUUGCGGGAGAUGGUCUCGACAUCAACCAGAUGCAGUCCGCCGCCGGUACUGAAGUUUUCUUCGCACCGAACUUCCACCCUGGCCAAGGAAAUUUCGGCAAUAUCCAGGGAGCAUUGAAUUGGAUGGCCUGGGAUAACAAUGGCGAUAACAAGGCACCAAGCGCUGGUCGCAACGUGACUGUUGCUGAUGGCGAUAAGGCAUACGUCAAUGCUCUGAACGGAAAGCCUUAUAUUGCCCCUGCUUCUGGAUGGUUCUUUACGCACUUCGGUGGUGAGGUAUCCUACAGCAAGAACUGGGCGUUUCCCUCGGAUCUGUUGUGGUACAACCGCUGGUUCGAGAUUCUGAACCUUGCACCUCGGUUUGUGGAGAUUGUUACCUGGAAUGACUACGGCGAGUCGCACUACAUCGCACCGCUGGCCUCUCCACACACCGAUGAUGGCGCAUCCAAAUGGGUCAUGGACAUGCCCCACGACGGUUGGCUCCAGAUGUCGAAGCCCUUCAUCGCUGCAUACAAGAACGGCGAAAAGUCACCCGACAAGUACAUCACCGAAGAGAAGUUGAUCUACUGGUACCGGCCUACUCCAAGGAACAUCAACUGUGAUAGCACCGAUACUACCAUGGACGGCAGUCCCAACAACUCCUCUGGUAACUUCUUCCGCGGGCGCCCUAACGGAUGGGAGUCCUUGCAGGAUUCGGUCUUCGUUGUCUCCUUGCUCAAGUCCCCCGGCACAAUCCAGGUGGCUUCCGGACAAAACAACCAGAAGUUCGAUGCACCAGCCGGCGCCAGCGCCUUCACUGUGCCCAUGGGCGUGGGACAGCAGAAAUUCGCUCUCGUCCGCGACGGCAAGACAGUGCUCAGCGACACCAGCCUGAAGGACAUCGUCAACACGUGCAUCUGCGGAAUCUACAACUUCAAUGCAUACGUCGGUACGGUGCCGGCUCCGCCCACCAUUGACAAGCUGGGCCCAGCUGGUCUGUCGGCCCUUCAGCAGGGCUUGCGCGUGGCAUGUCCGACCAACACACUGGGCCUGGGGUCAGUUGCGUCGGCUACGCCUAUCCCGACUCCCUCUCCUGCAUGAGCCAUUACUUGGAGGAAAGUUAAGCUAAGACCAUGUAUCUUAACGUAAAUGUAUGGCCUGUACUUGAUCUCCGUUGUCA